CCCAACAAACACCUCGAAUAAGAGCAUCUCUCUCACUCACUUUCUCUCUCUUCAACAAUCAUCUCUCUCAUUUCUCUCUCCUCUAAACAUGCAGCGCCAAUCUUUAGGCUCACCAGGCAGGGGAGGUCUAGUAGCCAAAGACGACGCCGUUUCAAAGUCCGAAGACCAGAAACGACGUGAAUCAUCGCAAUCGUCAUUCUCCGGCGACGAUGAAAUUAAGCCGGAAAAGCCUCUCCGAUGUCACUCUCAGCCGGAAAAAUUCAUUCACCUCAUUCCUAUCCUCAUUCUUCUCUGCUUUUUCAUCCUUUAUCUCUCUUCUCACGAUCCUUCUCCGUCAGAUUUAGCUCAGUUUAACGGAUUCAAUCAUCCGGAUAAAUUAAUCGAUUCGACUGACAUUGACGACAUUGGAAGAGUUGAUAAUAAGUUGAAAAGAAGCAACGCAUUUGCGAUACGAAGUUUACGGAAUUUGCAGGAAGAAAUUCAAGAAGAAAACACUCAUAAAUCUCGCUCUCACCGGAAACUCGGCGAUUUUUAGUCGCACGUGUGUUCAAGGAGCUCACCGUCAGAAUCUGGCACGUAUACACAGUCCUGGUAGAAAAUUUCGCCAUUUUAAAUUUAAUUUUCCGAUUAUUUGGUUCUUUUAUUUGCUGUCAAGAAGAAGAAAAAAAAAAUUUGAUGCCUAAUGUAAUUUGAUACUGGAUAUAAUAGGCAGUAUUUUUGUACAAAUA